CAUCUUCAAAAUCCGUAGCGAUUUGCAAAACUGGGAGUGCCUAAAUAUAAUACAUACAUACAAUCAAUCUUGUAAAUGGCCAGCCGGCAGAAGAUAUGAUUUGGUGGGGGCGGGGGAGUUUAAACAGUGAAGAACACCGGAAAUUGCAUAGAGGCGAGGAGGAUGAUAUCAAUGGUGGGCUCAAAAGAAUUGUUAGGUUAGUUGGCACUGAGAAAAAUGAGUGUGUAACAGCAAAGAGAAGUGUGGUUGAGUAGCUGGCAAAUGUGUCAGACAUAUAAAAUAGUGGAAGCUAAUGUCAAGCAAAUUAAAGCAACCAGGAAGGAAGCAAGCGUGGGCUAUAUUUGUUAAUGUACCAUAUAUUUAUAAUCUACGUACAAAUCUAAUGUAAUGAUAAUAAAGUUGAGAUCUUUUUUGGGUAGAAUAAUAAUAAUAAGUAUAAUGUGGUUUAAUUGAGAGCAUGAAAGAAAAUGAAGGGGGAGACUAUGUGGGAUUAGGUUGUGUAAUAAUUAAAGCAGCAAAGCUGUAAGAGCAGUUGGCAGUGGUUAGUCUGUCUUUUAAAAUCAUACAUGUCACCCGUUUAGCCUGGGCACUGGGCAGGUAAAAGAUGCCAAUUGCCAAACACCCGGCGGCCUUGUUAACUUCUCUUCUCUCAUCAUUCUUUAUAUGCUUUGCUCUCACACCUAUCCCCUAGGGAGUAAUUUAGGAUAAUUUGAUCUAUAAAGAUCCUUGCUUUCUUUGCCAUUUCUGCAAGUGCCCACAGUGCAGUGGGUGGAUAGAUUUACUUCUUUGUGGAAUUUGAACCAGCAUUUGAUUCUUAAGGGGGAGUGCCAUCAAACAACCCAUUUGAGGGUCUGGGUGUGAGGUCCCCCGCUCAUUUAUCUCUUCCUCUCCACAAUUCCAGUAGUUUGAUGGUUUUGGGUACCCAGAUUGAGAAUAUCUAGAAAAGGGUCCUUGGGACUUUGCUUUUCUUGAUCCUUGUGGGGGGUUUUGGUUGAGUCUUGAUUCUAAGCUUCUUUUACAAGGAUUGGUAUAUUUUUCUUCCCUGCCAAAAGGGGCUUCUUUUACCUAGUUUAGGGCGUGAUCCUCAUUGUGUGCAGCUCAAAAACAAGAUUUAAGCCCUGCUAAGAUCAAGUUUAGUGUUGAAUUAGAGGAUGUGAAAAUAUAUGACACUUAUGGGGUUUGCAUAAACAUCAGGGAAAGAAAGGGAAUCUGCUUUCUUUUUGUUCCUCUGGUGAGCUGUUACUUACGCCUUUCAUUUCUCUCCCAUUGUCCACUUUAUGCCCUGAAAGUUUCGUACUUUCUUCUCCCUGAGGGGAUUACUUUUUUUUUUUUUCUCUCUUCUCUCAUCAGAGUAGACUAGAUCCAAGGGGUGAAUAGAGUGGGGGGUGCUGUGUAAGAUUUUAUGCCUGGUACAUUGGAUUUUUCCCUUUUCCUUUGUGUCUGUAAGGAUGCUGUGCUGAGAGGCUUCUUUUCUUUUCUUUGCUUUGCUUUAACCCUAGACCCCCUCUCAGUCCUAUAAAGCUGCCAGCUUACUUUGUUCCUUGUUGAGUCCUGCAAGGUAUUACCAGCCUGUUUUUGGUCAAACCUAAUUUGCCUUUUUGUUACAUUAAACAGGUAACCAUCUGGGCUUUGGUCUUGUGGUUCACCAUAGAAAUUGGGGCUUUGCCUUUUUGAAGGUGCACGGUGGUGUGUGUGUUCCACAAAUUCUGGGGUUUUGGUUUUGAAAAUGGGCACUGAGGAUAAUAAUGGUGAUAUGGGGCUCCAACAACACAGAGCUAAUGUUAGUAUUUCAAUGGCAAUGAGCUCAGAAUCCAGUUUCAGGUCUCCUCCUACUGGGAUGGACUCUCUCUCCUUUUGUGCUUCUGGUUGGGAUCCUAUGGUUCCAGUGAAUCAGAGCUUGCAUUACCCGGUUGCGAUUGAUAAUCAGCCGAUGAGUAGCACUUCUCAUCUUGUUCACUAUCCCUCGGGGGGUUCGGAUGUGGUUGAUAUGGUGCCCAAGGUUCCGGCUUUUGGGAAUGAAGGUUUCUCAGAGAUGGUCAGUUCUUUCGGGCUACCGGAUUGUCGCUUGAAUUAUAUGCACAACAUAGGGGUUGCCACUAAUCGACCCUUUUCCCGGGGCCAACACUCUCAAGAGGAUUGCUUGAAUUUGGAAGAGGCCACUAUGGGGAAGAAGAGAAGAUCAUCAGAGGCUCUUUCUCCAUCAAUUGCCAGUAAGAAUGUUGAAAGAGAACAGCCCAAAGAUCCAUUGGGAGACAAUUCUGAAUGCUCAAAAGAAGACGAAAAGAAACAUAAAACCGAACAAAACAAUAGCUCGAGUUUGAGGAGUAAGCAAGCCGGGAAACAAGUCAAAGAUACUUCCAGUAGCGGGGAACCCCCUAAAGAAAAUUAUGUUCAUGUAAGGGCUAAACGCGGGCAGGCUACAAACAGCCACAGCCUUGCCGAAAGGGUGAGACGAGAAAGGAUCAGUGAAAGAAUGAGAUUGCUUCAAGAACUAGUUCCGGGCUGCAAUAAGAUCACUGGGAAAGCGGUGAUGCUUGACGAGAUUAUUAACUAUGUGCAGUCACUUCAGCAACAAGUCGAGUUUCUGUCGAUGAAACUUGCUACUGUGAAUCCCGAGCUGAACUUUGAUAUCGAACGAAUAUUAUCCAAAGAUAUUCUUCACGCACAAGGAAACAAUGGAGCUCUUCUCGGACUUGGCCCGGGAUUGAACUCACCACAUCCUUUCCCCGGUGCUCCACUGGGAACAUUCAAUAAUGUCCCCAACGCCACGCCAUUUCACUCAUUGCCUCAGAAUGUGUGGGAGAACGAUCUCCAGAGUAUUCUCCAGAUGGGAUUUGAUUCUAACUCUUCUUUGAACAACAUGGGACCAAACGGUAAUCGUUCAUAGGACAUAUAGCGAUAUUUGUUGAUCUUGUAUUCACCCUCGGUUCUGGCGUUUUCCCCUCCAAACAUAAAGAUAGAUGUCUCGAUCGAUCGAGCUGAUUAGCAGGGUGGUGAAGAAUGGAUUUGUAGAUUUCUGGGAAUGCUAGCUGCUGUCAACUAAUGCCUUAACUCUUCACUGCUGAAUUUGUUUCUUUCCACUGGACAACAAAAAAGUAGCUAUACAUAAUUUUCAGAGAUGUAUAGGUUGUUUAGCUCCUAACUCUUUGUUCUUCGAAUUUUAGCAGAAGAAAUGGCAUUUCAUAUUUAAAAUGGGGUUGUCUGUAUGUGUUUAGCUUCAUGCGGAUUUUCGAACAAUAUCAAUAUUAUUGUAUGUGUAAAGUUUGCAAUUUUUCAAAUUUGUA